AAAGAUGACAGUUCAAAGUUUUGGGCGACGUACAAGAAAGUUUCGACUGAGUACGACGAUGAUUUCCUUGGGCGGGCCAAUGACGAUAUGGGAAUCAUUCUGACAUUUGCUGGUCUAUUCUCAGCCGUCAACUCCACCUUCAUCGUCGGGAUGCAGCCUAAUCCAGGAGAUACUACCAAUGCUCUCCUCCUGUAUCUAAUCCAGACAACUGUUAAUGGCCCGAAUUCCGUACCUGAUAUCAACACUCUUUCUUCAUCCACAGGAUAUUCGUCUUCGACUGUCUGGGUGCAAACACUUGCCUAUGCUAGCCUCGCAUUCAGUGUCUUGGCCGCGUUCGGGGCAGUCUUGGGCAAACAGUGG